AUGGACUCCAACUGUGACCAUGUGAGUUGUGGUUCUUGCACCUGUGCAGGCUCCUGCAAAUAUAAAUCCUGCUGCUAUACUUCCUACAAGAAAAGCUGCUGCUUCUCCUGCCCAAUGGGAUGGGCCAAGUGUGCCCAGAGUUGUGUCUGCAUAGCCCCAAAAACUGAGAAUUGUAGUUGCUGCCACUGA